ACAAGCAAGCCACAGCGACAAAACACACACGGAGAGAGAGAGAGAGAGAGCGCGCGACGCAACCAGAGGAGUUCAGCGGAGAAAUAAACGACCAUGUAGGCGAAGCGCUAACUGGACAACGACAAAUAAAAACGGGAGUAACUGGAUUAACUGGGAUUCUUUAAUGGUGUGAGCCGAGUCCAGGGAUUUUCUGUGAAUUUCUCCUAAACUAACUUCGCCCUUAUCCGGGCUGUGAUUAUGGACUAACCCGAGCUGUGUGGUAAAGCUCAGUCUGAGGUGCGAAGCUUCCUAGAAACAUGUCCCAGGCACAGGUGGACCUGGCCGGGCUCGGCUUCCCUCCGUUUCCCCCGGCCCGGGACGCGGCGGCGGACUCUUUGAACUCUUUCUUCCCGGCUCGCCUCCCGCCCAGGCGGCGGAGGCACUCGGCGAGUUCGCGGAGAGGCAGCGGAUACCGGCGCAGCAAAGCCACCGCCGGCGAGAGCGCUACAGCCGGUCAGCUCAACAAGAUGCUCUCGUGGUCGGCGGACAACAUCUUUAGCGAGGAAAAUAAGAAGGAGCGCGAGCCGCUCGCGAGCUCCAGUUCCAAUACGAACUCGCAUUCGAAUUCCAACUGCACGUCCACAUCCACCUCCACGUCGAAUUCAAAUUCGAUUUCCAAUUCGAAUUCCAAUCUGAAUUUAAACUCAAAAUCGAGUUCAAAUUCGAAUUCAAACUCUAGCCCUGGCGCAGAGUCUCCAAAGACGAGCGCGAGAGUGGCGGAUGAUGGCAGCACUGACUCCGAGGAGGGCAGGAGAACCAGCAGCAGGAAAAAGGAGGAGGCAUUGGAGAACGAGCGAAAGCGCGAGAAGGAGGACGAGGUGGAGACCAAGGCCGUGGCCACUUCACCUGAUGGACGCUUCCUCAAAUUUAACGUGGAGAUUGGACGCGGCUCUUUUAAGACUGUCUACAAGGGUCUGGAUACGGAGACCACCGUGGAGGUGGCAUGGUGUGAGCUGCAGACGCGGCGGCUGACGAAGGUGGAGAGGCAGCGCUUCAGUGAGGAGGUGGAGAUGCUGAAGGGGCUGCAGCACCCCAACAUCGUGCGCUUCUACGACUCCUGGAAGUCCACCGUAAAAGGCCACAAAUGCAUUAUCCUCGUCACCGAGCUCAUGACGUCAGGAACCCUCAAGACAUACCUGAAAAGGUUUAAGGAGAUGAAGCUGAAGCUCCUCCAGCGCUGGAGCCACCAGAUCCUGAAAGGCCUUCACUUCCUGCACACGCGAGCCCCUCCAAUCAUCCACCGAGACCUCAAGUGCGACAACAUCUUCAUCACAGGACCCACCGGCUCGGUCAAGAUCGGAGAUUUAGGGCUGGCUACGCUCAAGAGUGCCUCUUUCGCCAAGAGUGUGAUCGGCACCCCUGAGUUCAUGGCUCCGGAGAUGUAUGAGGAGAAGUAUGACGAGGCGGUGGACGUGUACGCCUUUGGGAUGUGCAUCCUGGAGAUGACCACAUCCGAAUACCCUUACUCAGAGUGCCAGAACGCAGCCCAGAUCUACCGGAAGGUCACCAGCGGCAUUAAGCCGGACAGUUUCUUCAAAGUAAGAGUGCCGGAGCUAAAGGAGAUCAUAGAGGGCUGCAUCCGUAUGAACAAAGCUGAAAGGUACACGAUACAGGACCUGCUGGAGCACCCCUUCUUCCAGGAGAACAACGGAGUCCACGUGGAGCUGGCCGAGGAGGACGACAUGGUGAAGUCCGGUCUGAAGCUGUGGCUCAGAAUGGACGACACCAAGAAGCUCCACGGCAAGUACAAGGACAACAACGCCAUCGAGUUCCUGUUCGAGCUCUACAAGGACGUUCCAGAGGAGGUGGCCCAGGAGAUGGUGGUGCUGGGCUUCGUCUGUGAUGCCGACUACAAGCUGGUAGCCAAAGCCAUCCGCGACCGCGUCACCACCAUCAAACGCCAGCGCGAGAAGCUCCGCCGGCAGGCCGAGGAGGCGCAGAGGAGGCAGCAGGAGGAGGUGAUUGAGGAGGAACCUGAGCCCAGUGCUGAGACAGAACCUCCUCCACCCAACCCACCACCUCUCCAACCCCAAACUCAACCCCAACCAUCACCUGAGACCCUCUUAUCCACUGCAGUCCCAACACCUCCCACCGUCACCGUGUCUGGCCCCGGACUCUCUACAGCCAACAGCUCUAUGGACUCUGGGAUUAACGCCAGCUUCGCCACGGAACCGGAAGACCCAGAGACGGAGCAUCGGCAGCACUACAACAUCCGCCACGCCAGCUACUCCUCAGCCACCUCUGACGGCGAGACAGACGGCUACCUCAGCUCCUCUGGACUUCAGGAGGCACUGGAAAGCCCCUCCCCCAUGACAAACUCCACCUCUUCAGUUGCAGCAGCAGCAACAGCCAAUGAAGUAGUGCAGAUAGAAGCUCCGCCUGCUGAUGUCCUAGUUACUGAAGCCCCAUCCGUGCAGACUAUACCAGUGCCAGUCCUCCGCUUUCCUUCGAGCAUUGCCGUAUCCCAGAAUACCGAGCGUGCCCAGUCCAGCGGUGCCAGUGGUUUCUCCUCUCCUGUGGACAGUUAUGCGUCUGAUGUCACGUCUGGACUGAGUGAUGGUAAUGAAGGCCUCACAGAGAUGAGCCCCAACAAACGCACAGGAAGUAAACUGCUGAGGAAGAGAGCUCGCUCACGACUUCGUAUCACAGGGCUGUCUGAUAAAGUGGACCGGGUGGUGGAGUGUCAGCUUCAAACACACAACAGUAAGAUGGUGACGUUUAAAUUUGACCUGGACGGAGAUAACCCGGAGGACAUCGCUACGGUCAUGGCUAACAAUGAGUUCAUACUGCCCUCAGAGAAGGAGGGCUUCAUCCACCGAAUGAAGGACAUCAUCCGCAGAGCCGAGGCCCUGAUGAGGAGGGAGCCACUGGGGCCCCUGGAGACCGGAGACUCCUCUCGCCUGCCCUACCAGAGCGGAGCUGGGAUGCUCUCUGCCUCUCAGCCCAACCUGCACACACAGGGACUCUCCCGCACACACUCGUCCUCAUCUCUUCCAGAUUACACCGCUGCCAGUGUGGGUCAUGUGACCCAAGGCUCCUCCCGUGCAGUGGGCGGAGACUAUUACCUCGAUCCUGAUGCAGCCGUUCCAGUGCGGCCACUCCGCUCUCAGUCUUUCCACACCUCAGAUUACGCAGCAGCGAAUUCAGGUCAGGUGACCCGUGGCUCCUCCCCUGCACAGGGCGGAGACUUUUACUUCGACUCCGAUGCAGGACCACCUGUUCGUCCACUGCGCUCUCAGUCCUUCCACACCUCAGGCUCCACUCACCCUUACCACCCUGCUGCCUCUCAGUACCCACAGUACUCCAACCCAGAUGCCCUCCCUCUCUUGAUUCCUAACCAGAUGCCUACCAUGCCCCAACAAUUCCCCAAACAACACUACAUGCCUAACUCCCCCUACCCAUACAUGGUCAAUCCAGUGCCCCUCAAAGGCUCCAUCAACCCGUCUCCACUCACUCGAAACCCCAGCAACCCCAACCUCGCAGCUCCAAACUUACCAACCCCCUAUCCUGGACCUACUCCUGGACCAGUCCAGCAAGUAGGUGAUCCGGCUGAGAGUGCCGCUGCUUACGGCAUGCCUCCAAAUGCUCCAGCUCCAGGGAUGUGGCCGCCUCAGCAACCACUUUUCUCGCUGGCUAACGUGUUGUCACUGGCUAUGAGUGUGGCACAGUCCUUCAUGCCCCCUACGUCCAUGCCCAGCAACAUGCCCCAAGCUUACCUACCCCCCAUGGCACCCCAGCAAAGCUAUGCACAAAUGUUUGGAGCCCAGCUUCAAGCAAUGGGGCAAAAUGAAGGACCAUACAACCAGGCAGCUUCGAUAGCAGGGCAGUUUGUGGAUACAAACCAGCAUCCAGACCCCCACGUGCAAGCCCGCAGGCCAGAUCCACACGAGGACAACUCUGCAUCCGCUCGAAAUAUGAGUUCAUCUGAGGGAAUCCAAGCAAACAUGCCCUCUGUUGCACCAGCGAUCACAGAUCUGCCCACAGAGGUCCGGCAGCCUGUGCAGAGUAGCUCAAACCCAGCUGCAGGAUCCCGGACGAGCCCCCAGCUGGAGAUCCAUGCAAGACCACGAGAGAAGCUUCAGGAGAAAAUUAUCGAAAGCUCUUCAUCCUUCAGCUCCACCAGCAGCUCCAACAGCAGUUCCCCUUCAUCCUCCACUUCAGCCAGCCCACAGAAUACAGUAUCUGCACCCUGCCCCAGAAGUCCACCCACUUUGUGUGUGUCUGACAUUCCUGCUGCCAGUACAUCUAAAUCAAGACUCUCCCCUAUAACUGAGGAGAAAAAACCUGCCAUCACCGUGGGCCGAUUUCAGGUCACUCCAAGUGUGGAGAUCCCACAACUCACAGCCACACCCAAAACUCCACAGCCCCGCCCCCCGACACCUCCCCCGUCCACAACUCCCUCCAACAACAGCCAGUCAGAAAGCAGCACCGAGGCAGAGGGCGAAUCAGAGAACAGCCUCAGCACGGUCACUGUGUCCCCGCCUACCAAAGCACCUUUUGAGCUGUUAAACGACUGCAGCGGCGGCGCCCCCUCCUGGCCCAGAGGACUGGGGACUAUAGAUAGCAGGGAGGUGGAGGCUGAGGAAGAGGAGAUGGGUGAAGGAGAGGUCAGGGAUGGAGAGAUGAGGCAGAGGAGGAUAAGCUUAACCCUGUGUGAGGUUUUACCGGGAGGUCCUCAGAUCGGAAACGUCAGUCAGCCUUGGAUAAGCUACACGAGGAGCACCUCGUACGCCAGCAGCGAUGAGACGGAGAGCGAGGAUGAGGACAUGUGGGAGGAGCUUCAGGAGCUGCGAGACAGGCACCUGAGUGAAGUGCAGGCUCUGCAGGCCUCUCAGAAGCGGGAGAUUGAGGAGCUGUAUGAGCGGAUGGGGAAGGUUCCUCCUCCAGGCAUCGUGUCUCCGGCAGCGAUGCUGUCCAGCCGCCAGCGCCGCCUCUCCAAGAGCGGAGGAUACCCCCCCUCCCGCAGGAACAGCCUGCAGAGACUCGACAUGCUGCCCCCUGCAGGGAUCAUGAGGAAGAAUUCGGUGAGUGGCAGCAGCAGUGGAUCUCAGGAGCGUUCGGCUAAGGGCGUGACCUUCGCUACAGACUACGCCAGAGUGUGAUCUCACAGAAUCCCUGCUGAUCUCCUGCAGGUGAAUGCCGCCACCUAGUGUCAGAGAUUGAGCAGUGAAGGAUCAGCAGAUGAUCAGCAGAUACUCUGCUCUGCACUGUGAGAGUUCAGUACAGGAGUGAACUUGAACAUGAAGCAGCUUGUUUUUACCUGAUUUGAACAUAAACUAUCAGUUUGGUAAAGCAGGAGAAUCCUAUAGUUCAGUGCCUGUUAGUGUGCAGGAGAGGACGCCCCCAGCUGGUGUGUUCGUUGAGGUACAGCUCAGCUCCAAUGGAUGCUUUUUGAUUAUUGCCCCCCCAACCC